AUGCAAGAGAACAGCACCGAGCCGCCCCGCUCGCUCUCUCAUCUCUUAAGGGAGAGCUACCUGGCUGAGGCCCGAGCCCAGCAACGCCACAGUGAGAUGAGCCGAUCUGACGCUUCAUCGUCACGUCUUCAGAUUUUUGGCUCGCUCAAAGCAAAGGCCGAGGACUCGGCGGGUCUCCAUGAUAGCCAAUUGCCAGACCUGUCGGCGUUCCUUAGCGAAGAAGAGCUGGAUAAGAGUGUUAACUUGGCCUGCCAAGCCAUCGGACACGAGCCCGAAAGGGCAGAGGUCAAACUCGCCUUCACCCCACCUGCCUCGGCUUCCGUUACUUCGUCAAUGACUUCCUCUGUUCACCUCGCAAAGCCCCCUUCUUUUCCUUACGUGCCCCCUUCCGCUAUGCCUGUUGACUCGCCAGCAACACAAACGAACCUCAUGCCAGACAGAAAGCUACACACAGCCUCCGUAAGGCAGGAAAAUACAAAGAGGAACAGUAGUGAUGGUUUAAACCACCUAAACAAGUCGGCGAGGAACUCUCAGUUUGGCAUGGAGACCCAGUCCAAGAAGGAGUUCCUCAACAAGGCGGCCGACUUCAUUGAGGAGCUCUCCUCUCUCUUCAAGGCGAACACCUCCAAACGGAUACGACCCAGAGCAUGCAAAGCCCAUCGUAGUCGGAACAAGAACCAGAACGAAGGAACGGUUUACCCCGACGGGUCAGACGACAGGGAACGCUCGACCGUACCAACCGAGGUGGCAGAGGACGGUCACGUCAUUAGCCACCAGCCAGAGAUCCAUCUGGACUCUGGGAUUGGUCAUGCAGAAUUACAGGACGGUAGGAUUACUGAGGAAGAGCACUUUGACUCCGAAGCGGUAGAAGCGACUGAAAGCUACAUUUUGACACAGCCUCCGUCACGUGCAGACGAACCAGUGUCUGAGCGGCCCCAUUUUAUCCAGAAACUGAAAAGCAGAGAAGUUCCAGAGGGCAGCAAAGUCCAGUUAGACUGCAUCGUCAGAGGACAACCUACACCUGAAGUCCGAUGGUUCUGUGAGGGCAAGGAGUUGGAGAACAGCCCUGACAUUCAGAUCAUCACCAACGGCGAGCUGCACUCUCUGAUCAUCACAGAAGCUUUUGAGGAAGACACUGGACGUUACUCCUGCUUCGCGUCCAACUUUUACGGAACUGACUCCACCUCAGCUGAGAUUUACAUUGAAGGUGCAUCCUCUUCAGACUCUGAGGGGGAACUGCACUUUGAGCAUGUGGCCCACCUGCAGGGAAAACAGCCAAAGUCUGCACUACUAUCAAGCCAAAUUGCUAGAGAGGUUAACGAGUCUUCAGCAAAUCAAAGCAGAGGGGAACCAGCAGAGGAGCUCAGCAGUCUUGUGAUCCAUAAGGUCCCAGUUUCAUUACCAGCCCAGUUGAUAACCACCUCACCUCCAGGCCAAGAGCUCUCUGAAGUAUUGGCAGCAUCUACAACUAAUCCAGAGGAGACUGAAAAAAUAUUCCAACCUGUACAAGUGUUUCCCACAUCACCGCCAGAAGACCUCACAGAGGGUCUAUUGCCGUCAGGGUCUGCUUUACCUACACCGCAGCUUUUAAACUCUGCGCCACUGACCCCCAACACAGCUUCAACGCAAUCGCUUCAACCUGAGAGUCAGUCACCUAACUUCAACCCACUGCAAGGCUUCAACGGGCAAGCCAUCAUGGCUGCCCCUGUUUUUACAAAGAGUCUGCAGGACGUGGAAGCCUCAGAAGGGCAGCUGGUGGUGCUAGAGUGCCGUGUGAAGGGAGUACCGUCCCCUCGAGUGGACUGGUACAAAGGGGCAAAAUUCAUUGAAGACUCGCCUGAUUUUAGGAUACUGCAAAAAAAACCCAGAUCUCCAGCUGAAUCAGAGGAAAUAUGUACGCUGGUCAUCGCAGAGGUCUUUCCUGAAGAUUCGGAGAUGUUUACUUGCACUGCAAGCAACGCCUACGGAAAAACGUCAAGUACUGCAGCGGUUAAGGUCAAAGCUAAUGGUGGUAAUAACCAUGCAAUUAGGCCUUUUUGCACUUUAACUGUGGAGCCCAGUCGAGUCCAAGAACCUUCUGUAUCAGAUCUCGCCAUCCCAAUUUUAAAAACCCAAACAGAGACUGCUCUGACCAGUAACAGCAAACCCCACUCAAGUACCAUCCGCUUGGAUCCAUUAGUCAAUAGUGCCUUACGCUUGGAUCCAUUAAGCACUAGCACUCUUCGUCUGCACCCUAAUAGCUCUAGCAUGCUCCGACCGGACAGCAGCUUGUCAGGUAGCCAGAGUCUAAGCUCUCGCUGUGUUAGCACCCCCAACUUGGACCCUAUCAGCUUUAAUCAGGAACUUCCAGAUAAAACAAAACCACUGGCUGCUCACCCAAAACUCUUUAGUACUCCACUUGUAGUUGACCAGGAAGCUCUGGUAACAUCCCCUGAUGCUAUUUCCAAUCAUAAGGCAACCUCUAGCCAUCAGAAUGGGACAUCUGUAACGCUGCCUCUCCCCAAUCCACCUCCUAACUCUUGCCUGAAGUCAGGUGUCUUGACCAACCACAAAGACUCACGCUCCAGCUCCAGAGUCGGUCUGCGUGUACACUUCAAACUGCCCGAGGAUGACGAGGGUGAGCAAAGUGAAACAUCUGCACCAUCUGAUGAAGACAGUUCGGUCAACAAAGGACCACCACCGGUGCUGGCAAAACCUAAACUGGACCCAGCGCAGCUCCAGCUCCUUCACAACCAGGUUCUUUUGGAGCAGCAGCAAGAGAGUGAUCCCCCAAGCCACAGCCACAAUCAGCCUUCAUUCCAGAUAAAGCCAGAGGCGCCAAACCGUCGGGAAAGUUCACCUUGGUCCCUUAGAGAAAAUCGGGAUUCCCAUUCGAUUUCCUUGAACAACAACUCCCAGAUGACGCCCAAAUCUGGAGCUUCCCACACUAUGACACCCCCUGCACUUUCACCAAGUUCUGCUCCUACGAUCAGCACUGGUCCCCCACUGUUAAGAUCCACUCAAUCCACUCCCCAGGCUCUAACGUCCUCCCUGGCAACGCUCCUUCCACCCGUGCCGCAGUUAAACACAUCUCCGCCAGUCAGUGGUGCACCUUUGACGCAGAUGAACACCAUCCAUGCUUCCCACCUCAACUUAUCCGCAACGGUUAUUGCUAGAGCCGCUCCCACCAAUCAGUUUUCCUCUCAGUUAGUAUCAAAUCCCAGUUUAACCUCUACAGAUUCAACGGCGGCCUCAUAUCACGUCACAUCUCCGGCCACUUACCUGAGAAGCACCCACGCCUCUCUCAUGAAUCUCACCGCGACCUCACAGGCUUUUAACUACACCCGACCUAAAGAGUUUAUCACCGCUCAAACUUUGUCACCUGUCAGAAGUCCCUCCCCAACAGAAUCCCCGGUUCCGCUUCUCCACGAACUGGCAGCAGAGCUCAACUCCUCCGCUGCCAGCUCACCGACGCUCCCGCCGUUCUCAGCGCCGAACAGGACCUUUCCUAUAAGAGUCCUCCGGUCUCCUACAAGUCCCCCAACUCUCAUAUCCUCACCCACGCCGAGUUCGGCACCAACCUUAAACAACACGUUCGCCAUUAGAGCCCAGUCGCCACCCCAGGCUUCCUCUCCUACCUCCAGCAGCUCCACACCGAGCCCAAUCCAGAAUCCAGUGGCUUUCCUGAGCUCCAUCUUGCCUUCUCUGACCCCAUCUCAGCCUACCAACUCCAUGGGCCUUCCCAAAGGAGCACCUUUCGGGGUAAAUAAGAAGAUGGCAAGGACGCGCCAGCCACCAACUGAAAACAAUCGUGAAAGCAAAGACAUUCUUCUUCAUGAGAUUGAGAGGAAAAUGCAAUUUAAAAAUGAUGUUCCCUUUUUUGCCCAUCAACAGAAGCGGAAUAAUGAGGGGAAAGCAGCGAGCAGACCCCUUGUCGGACCAAACAUUCCAGCUACUGUCAUUAACUAUGAUGAGGAGUACAAAAUUUCCAAUUUUGAGCAAAGGUUAAUGAGUGAGAUCGAGUUCCGCUUGGAGCGAACCCCAGUGGAGGAAUCGGACGAUGAUGUUCAACACGACGACGUCCCCUCGGGCAAAUGCAUCGCGCCCCUCUUUGAUAAGAAACUCAAGAAUUUUAAAGCCAUGGAGGGUGUGCCUGUUACCUUCUCCUGUAAAGUUGUUGGAAUUCCUGUUCCAAAGGUGUACUGGUUCAAGGAUGGGAAGCAGAUCUUACGGAAGAACACACAUUAUCAGAAGAUAAGGGAGGGCGAUGGCACAUGCUCUUUACACAUACAAUCUACAACAGCUGAUGAUGAUGGAAACUACACAAUCAUGGCAGCAAAUCCACAGGGACGAAUGAGCUGUUCGGGUCAUCUGAUAAUUCAAACAGGACCACCCCGACAUAGACUGAUCCCAAUUAGCUGUCAGAGGGUACGAACUCGCGUGCAGGAAGUCGAGGGAGAGCAAACCCAGGAAACUUUUUUCCAGCCUCACUUCGCCCAGGCUCCAGGAGACAUGCUGGCACAUGAAGGGAGAGUGUGCAGACUAGACUGUAAGGUGAGUGGUCUGCCUAACCCGGAGCUCAUGUGGCUGGUCAAUGGUAGGCCCAUCUAUCCAGAUCUUUACCACAAGAUGCUCGUACGGGAAAACGGCAUCCACUCUUUGGUCAUUGACCCCCUGACACAGAAAGAUGCUGGCACAUACACUUGUAUUGCGAGCAACAAAGCAGGGCAGAGCUCCUUCAGUCUAGAACUUAAAGUUGUGGAGAAAGAAAUGAAACAAGCUCCUCAAUUCGUGGAGAAGUUGCAGAACAUGGGAAUUCCUGAGGGGAGCCCCGUCAGGUUGGAGUGUCGGGUGGUGGGCAUGCCCCACCCAGUUAUAUUUUGGAAGAAAGACAACGACACCAUUCCCAAAAUGCAGAGCAGAAUGAGCAUGCAACAGGAUGCCACAGGAUACGUAUGCCUCCUUAUCCAGCCAACCACCAAAGAGGAUGCUGGCUGGUAUACAGUGUCAGCCAAAAACGAGGCUGGGAUUGCGGCCUGCACCUGCAGGCUUGACAUCUAUGCACAGUGGCAUCAGAGCGUGCCGGCGCCCAUGAAGAAGACGCCUCGCGCGGGCAGCCGCUACGCAGCUCUUACAGGCCAAGGGCUCGACAUGAAAUCGCUCUUCUCCCCAUCGGAGAGCAGCCCCUUCCUUUUCUCCAGCUCACCUUCUGAGGCCGCGCUGGAGAGCGACGAGCUGUGA